GCAGUCAUUGGCAUUCAGAUCCGAUUCCACGACGAUGUGAUGAUCGGCCGGCGCGCGUGCGACAGCGCAGAAAACAUGGACUUCGCUCGCCAAUACCUGGACUGCGGACAACAACUACAGGCUCAGCUGCACAAGCACCACAACGUGACCGCCAAACUCUUCCUGAUCACCAACUGCAUGCCGGUUAAAGUAGCGUGGGUGGCUGACAUGGGCAACGGCAUCAUCACAGACAACAGCUUCAGACCGCGUCAUACACUGCGCCUGCACGACGAUGAAACCCAGGAGCUCCGGAAUACCAUCAGCGACAUGUGGCAGUAUGGUCUGUGUGACCUGUUUGUCAGGGCAGAGGGCAGCCAGUUCGGCAAGACGGGUGCCCUUCUGUCCCUUUCACUGUACUCGACCUGGUUGCUGCAGUCCUGGGAUCCUAAGCCACGGCCGGAGGCUCCCAAGUGUACACUGGACAACUACACUCCGUUCUCUGUACUCGCCACACAGCACGUGGACUACUGAUGAGUGCACGGCGUCAGCGUUAAAUGUGCUUGAUCGGACGAUUGUCGCAUCGUCAGGCG